CUUCCCGGAGCGACUAAGGACAAAGAAGAGAAGAUGGUGCCCCAGUAAUUGAUCCCAACUACAAGGCCUGAUAAGCUUCCCCUCUGUACGCAACCAUUAUUACUUCUCUUCUCUUCCUUCCUUUUGGCCGAGAUAGUCAAGAGCGAGGAACGGACGAAAAAAGAAGAUGAGAAAAGUGCCGAGUUAAAGGAAGCAGAGAUGGCGCAGGAAGCGAGCAGGUUCCAGGACGAGCAGGCUGAGAAGUAAGAAGAAGAAGACAGGGACGGAGGAUAGUGGGAGAAUGGAGAGCCUGGCCAUGCUCAGGCAACUAACCUCCCAUAUCCACCUUCAUGUCCUCUGGGAGAUCUACGACGCUGAUUCUGCAGCGCGUUCUUCUUCUUCCUCUGCUCGCCUCAAUCCCGAAAGAUGGUGCUUUAUUAGCUUAGAUAGUGGUUCAAACAGUGAAGGUCACUAUAAAAUGAUAAAAGGAGUGAAGUCGGAGGUAAUGAAGCCCGGUGAAGCAAAGGGCCCACCGUCCAAGAAAGCACGAAGAGACAAGAACCAUGAGAUUGUUAUGGACGAGAACAUCUGGAAAGAAUUUCCAGAGGAUUUGUUUGAAGUUGUUAUUGCAAGGUUGCCUGUUGCCACCUUUUUCCGGUUCCGUUCUGUCUGCCGCAAGUGGAACUCCUUACUCUCAUCGCAUAGUUUCUCACAGCAGUGUGCUCAAGUCCAGCAACCUUGUCCUUGGUUUUACACCAUAACCCACGAGAACACUAACAGUGGAGCUAUGUACAACCCUUUGCUAAAGAAAUGGCAUCACCCUCUCAUGCCUGCCUUCCCCGCAAAAGGAAUUGUUCUUCCAGUGACCUCAGCUGGUGGCCUGGUUUGCUUUCUUGAUAUUGGUCACAGAAACUUCUUUGUCUGCAAUCCACUAACACAGUCUUUCAAGGCUUUGCCUUCAAGGUCUGUUCGUGAUUGGUCGCGUCUUGCAGUUGGCAUGACUCUGACUGCAGAAUCUACUGAAAGUGGAUACAAGAUCAUGUGGCUAGAAGCAAACGGAGAUUAUGAAGUCUAUGACUCUGUUAGUAACAGUUGGACACGUCCAGGAAGUUUGCCUUCUUGUGUCAAGCUUCCUCUUGAUUUGAACUUCCGCUCUCAGACUGUUUCUGUUGGCAGAGUUCUCUAUUUCAUGCGUUCCAGUCCAGAUGGCCUUGUCACCUACAACAUGGAGAGCCAUGUGUGGCGGCAAUUUAGCAUUCCACUUCCACCGCACUCAAAUGACCAUACGCUGGCAGAAUGCAGCAGUCGUAUCAUGCUUGUUGGCUUGUUGACUAAGAAUGCAGCAACGUGUGUGUGCAUAUGGGAGCUUCAGAAGAUGACCCUUUUGUGGAAGGAGGUUGACAGAAUGCCAAAUAUGAUGUGCUUAGAGUUUUAUGGCAAGCAGGUGCGUAUGACGAGCUUGGGUAACAAGGACCUUCUUUUGCUGUCAUUGCGCUCUAAGCAGAUGAAUCGCCUGGUUCUCUAUGACAUCUCAAACAAAAAGUGGACGAAAGUGCCAGGAUGCAUGCUUCCUCGAGGUCGGAAGAGGCAGUGGAUAGCUUGCGGUACGUCUUUUGUGCCAUGUAGAACUGCUGCUGCUUGAUCUGCGUUGACGUCGUUGUAUUGAGAUUCUGAUAUAUAGGUAACCUUUUAGAGAUAUAAGCUUGUUCCGACAACAGAUUUGAUGGUGGUGGAGGUGGUAAUGGUGGGGUUGAUGCUGACGGUAAAAAAUUGUACUUCAGAUGUGAAAAAUCCUCAAUCCUGUGGAAUACAACACAAAUUUAAAAGCUAACGUCUUUACCUUGAAGAAGUAAAAAUGAUGUAUUCUUGGUCUCCGGUGUUUGUUCUCAAUUUUGCUGAUAAUACUUUUUCGGCAUUAGCGCUACGAUAUGACGUCACAUAGAGAAUUCGGCCUGCCAUUGUAUGCCUAUAUUCGUUUGAUUUCUUAUGCAAAAAAAAAAAGCAUAAUACUUUUGAUUGAAAUAGAUAUAAUAUUGGACCUUUUGCUUCA